AUGUCACAAAGUCAUGCUCUCUCGGAUGAUCAGGUGGCGGGCGAGCUCCGCAAGAUGACUGCGUUCAUCCGGCAGGAAGCUCUCGAGAAAGGUCGCGAGAUUCAACUCAAGGCCGACGAGGAAUUCGCCAUUGAGAAAUCCAAGCUCGUCCGCCAGGAAACUGCCGCAAUCGACACCCAGUACGAGAAGAAGUUCAAGCAGGCCGCCAUGUCCCAACAGAUCACCCGCUCCACCCUCGCCAACCGCACUCGUCUUCGUGUCCUCUCCUCUCGCCAGGAUCUCCUGGACGAUCUAUUCCAAAAAGCCCGUGGCGAAAUUUCGAACAUCGCCUCCAAAGACGCCAAGAAGUACCAAGCUGUGUUGCAGGCCCUGAUUCUGGAAGGUCUUUAUGCUCUGAACGAGGCGAACGUGGAUGUUCGUGGGCGGAAGAAGGAUAAGGAUGCUAUUAAUAAGGCGAUCGGUGAAGCGGAGAAGGAGUUCAAGAAAACCGUUGGUAAGGAAGUUAAGGUCAACUUGAACGAGGAUGAGUCGCUGCCAGACGACAACGCUGGCGGAGUGGUCAUUGUUGGUGGCCAAGGCAAGAUCGAAAUCAACAACACUUUCGAGGAACGACUGCGGCUACUCGAAAUCGAUGCCCUCCCUGUCGUGAGGGAGACGCUUUUUGGUAAGAACGUCAACCGGCGGUUCCAUGACUAG